AUGAAUUUAAAAUUGAUUGCUCUACUACAAUUUUAUAAUGUUAAUGCAACCACAAGUCCUUCUAUAAUGUUAAUCAAACAAAAAGCUGACGAAGUUCUAAUGAAGCAACAAAUUUUAGUUGGUGCAAGUGUGUGUCAUACCUACUAUUCGGAGGUUUUGAAAAAUCUCCUAGAAACCUACGAAAAAGAUAUCAAACAAUGUCAAGAUAAUGAAAAUGACCAACUUGAGGCAUUGUUAAAUGAAGAACAACAAUCUCGUGAUGAUACAACAGAGUCCUUAAAUGAAGUGUGUGCAAUUCUUGAUAGCUGUAACUCUGAAUCGGAAAAUUUAAACUUUUUCGAUUGCGUCAGCAAUUCGGGUGACAAAAACACUCGAGCGAUUUGGAACGCGUCUAAGGACUCAUCAGAAAUUGCUGCGCAUAUAAGAAAUCAAAUACAAGUGAUUAAAUUUCAAGCAGAACAAUGUUCAAGUAAUGCAGAACGAGCUUAUAUAGUUGGAACAGCUAAGGCUACAGAUGAUAUGAUUGCUUGUUAUGCGAAUGGAGGUAUAAUACCUUCAACUCCUUCAACCAUUUAGGUUUAUUCAAAAGAAAAAUAAAUAAUGUAAAAGUAAAACUACUAGAUUCGAGAUUGCUGUAAGCAACAUUUUUUAAAAAAUAUGUAGUA